GCGUCCCGCACCGACCCCACCCCCACCCCCACCCCCACCCCGCCGCCGCCGCCGCCGCCGCCGCCGCCAUGAGCCGCGCCAAGUUCAUCGAUAUUGGUGUUAACCUGACAGAUCCUAUGUUCAGGGGAGUCUACAGAGGGACGCAGAAACAUCAAGAUGACUUUUUGGAUGUGGUAGAGAGAGCAGUCAAAGUUGGUGUUAAAAAGUUUUUGAUUACAGGUGGAAGUCUACAAGACAGUAAAGAUGCAUUGCAGCUGGCACAGACUAAUGAUAUGUUUUACAGUACAGUUGGCUGCCAUCCUACCCGCUGUGGAGAAUUUGAGCAGAGUAAGCCUGAGGAGUAUUUAUCCGAAUUACAAAAUCUAAUUGAAAAAAAUAAGACAAAGAUAAUAGCAGUUGGGGAAUGUGGCUUAGAUUUUGAUAGAUUAGAAUUUUGCCCAAAGGACAUCCAACUCAAAUAUUUUGAAAAACAAUUUGACCUGUCAGAACAAACAGAACUGCCAAUGUUUCUCCACUGUAGGAACUCACAUGCUGAAUUUUUAGAUAUAAUGAGAAGAAAUAGAGAUAGAUUUGUGGGAGGGGUGGUACAUUCUUUUGAUGGCACAAAGGAGGAAGCAGCUGCUAUGAUAGAUUUAGAUCUCUAUAUUGGAAUAAAUGGCUGUUCAUUGAAAACAGAAGCUAACUUGGAAACCCUGAAAUCCAUUCCUAGUGAGCGAUUAAUGAUAGAGACUGAUGCACCUUGGUGUGGAGUGAAAAAUACUCAUGCGGGAUCAAAAUACAUAAAAACUACAUUUCCUACAAAAAAGAAAUGGGAAAUAGGGCACUGCUUGAAGGACAGAAAUGAACCCUGCCACAUAAUGAGACCUGAAGAAACGUUUUUCCAGAAAAGACCACCAGUCAUGCUAAAAGCACAGGUUAAGCUUACAUGGUGACAUCUACUAGUGUUUAGAUAUUUUGUGCAGUAAUAAUUUGUAAUAUUCCUUGAAGUUCAUUUUAUUGGUGUAUUAAAUACAAAGUGCACACAUGAGCGUGGAAAUGUUCUAAUGUUCUUUCAGUACUUUACACCUUCUGGGGUCAUCCAGGGAUUUGGGGGCAGAGGAAGAGACUAACUGAAAAAAAAAAAUUCUGAAAAUGCACUGAGGACAGGUGGGAGUCAGCUUUAUUCAGUAACAGUAGAGGUGCCUGUUUAGGCAAGCCUGUAUGUGUUAACAACACCCCCACCCCCAGCCUUUGCUGCCUUACUUGUAAGUUACAGUGAAAGUGUUUCAGAAACCCCACAAGCAGGCGUGCAGGGAGUCUGCCCUAAAACAGUAUGCAAGUGCUAUACUUUGGGUUUUGGUCUUUUAUAAAAUAAUCUUGUUUAGGUCAACCUUAUUUCAGAUGUACUGUCCCUUUAAAAUUAUAGCCCAUAUUAGUUGUAGAUUAGUAACCUGAAAACCUCUUAAACCUUAGGAAAAAUGAAGGUAAGGUAAAUGGUAAGGGAAAAUUGGUAUUUUAUGACUUCUCAAAUAGCAAGAUGUAGUGUGAGUGGCAAGUAACAUCAGCUCACAACCAUUUAGCAUAGAUAAGUUGGCAAGAGGAGUUUCCCCCUUGUCUUUCGGAGACAAGACUGCUUCCUUAGAAGCUAUUUUCAUUAAAACUUUAGCCCUCAAGUUUUUUUCCCCCCUGCAGUGGUUUAUUUCACACAAACAGUAUUACAGUAACAUGGGCUAAUCCAGCUAUAUCCAAUGGGGGACAGAUACGUAAGCCCUACCAAAACACUGCAAGGCUUAAAUUCUUGGUUAUUUAAAACUUAUUUCGGUGCAGGCCUGUAGCCAAAGGGCCUGAUCGCGCCUCAACUUCUCUUGGAAUAAUGAACAGUUAGUAGCUUCCCCUUAAAUCAAGAAGCUGUUUGGCUACAAAGCCCAGGCAUGGGCAUGAAACGGGCUACUCCUGCAUUAUGGAAAAAGUUGUUUGCAUUUGAAAUAUAGUCUAAAGGAGCUUUACCUCCUUCCUCAAAAAGAAGUCUGGCUAUUAUGUAUGUUAGAUACAAGAUCCCAAAACCACCACCAGCAAGCUUGAGGGUCAUCAGCUUUACCAUGAAAAUUUGAUUUUUUUUUUUCCUUCCUACUUCUAGUUAAAUGGUAAGAUGAUAUAAAACCUCUUAGGAAUUGUACAGAGUAUGCAUUUUUUCAGUAUGAUUAAGUGCUAGGAGACCAUGAGAAAAUAAGUACAGAGAAAGGUGAGGACUUGAUUGGUUUUUAUUAUUAUUCACCCCAUUUUUUUUUCCCUCUUAACUUUCCUGGCUUGUGCCAAGGCCUUUUAAAAGUGCUCAUUUAACAUGUACUACCACUAUUAUCUGAACUUACUCCUCAAAAUUAAUAUAGACAAAUCAAAAGUAGGAAUGAACCAUUUUGGCAGCUAUACUCUCAAAAUAGAUGAUAAAUUUAUGGCAGGAAUUUAAGCUUUGCCAUAGACCAGUGUCUAUUUAGAAUGCAGAUUUAGCCUUGAAAGGAGGCUAAUAAAUUUCAGUCUGAAAAUUAAGACUAUGGAUAAAGACACCCACAAGAUGACACUUUCUUUGAAACAGAAAGCUGUUUAAUUACGUCCAAAAAAGAGUCAAAAGACCAAAGAUGAAUCUGUACCAGUGAGCAACCAGUGUUCCGUGUAGAGGGAAGAGAAGUUAGUGACUUAGUGAAGCUAUUUGCCUAUCUGAGCACCUUCCCUGUUGCUUUCAGAAUAGUUUUUAUUCCAGAUUAAUCUUAGUUACUUGUCUACAUAUACAUGCAGUAGACAAGUAUAUUCAAUACUGAGUUUGAGUUUACUAAUAUUCUUCUUUCUUUUUUAGUCAAAUACUGGAAAUAAUGGCAGCAGUAAGGGAAGAUGACCCAUCUGAGUUGGCCAAUACCUUAUAUAACAACACUAUUAAAGUCUUCUUUCCAAAUGUGUAAAGUUGUUUUUCUUACAUUUAUUCAGCAUAACUUCAGUAAAUGUAUUGCAAAAACUUAAGAAUGAUCAUGUCUGCACAUUCUCAGCAAUGGAACCAAUAUGUAGUGCUGCUUUUUGUGCAAGAUUAAAGAUGAUUUUGAAAAAGGU